AUGCUUCCCCCAACCAUUAAAGGAAAGGCUCGUCGAAGGGAGGGAGAUGCGGCGGUGGAAGGAAAACGCUUUCGGAGAUCGAGAUUGGAUUUGCUUUUCAUCGAAUACGAAGAAGGCCGAGGAUGUUCCCUGAAGCUUUACUAUAAAAGUAGUUGGAAAUUUAGUAUUGUCUUUAAAUAUAACAUAAGUAAAUCCCACAGUGUUCGUAAGGUGGCACUGGUCCUUGAUGACUUAUCAUUGGAGGUUUUGAGGCCAUAUUCUUCUGACAAGGAUGUUGGCAAUAUUGAACACAAGCUGUUUUACUCACUAUCCAUGCCUGUCAAGCCACUGUCUGAUCAAGAUAGCGAGACAAAUGAUAAUUCUAUCCUUUCUGUCAACUCCUGCGAAUCUAUCAGUACCUUGGAGGGCUCUACUAUGACCAAGAACAGCUCGAUAUCAGUCUUCAUACCCAACUCUAAUGAUCACAGUGUUUCCUCACAAGAUGAAUUGAGCCAAACUAGUACACCGGAAAAAUCAGGUAAUGAUGCUAAACUUGAAAAUAAGUAUGUUAUUUCUCUCCCAAUGAUGCAAAAACAAAGAAAUCCACAGAGAUCCUCUGAUUCGCCCACAAAGAUGCCCAAGGAAGAAACUACCCAUGAGUUUGUGGAAUUUCAUUUGCGAGAUGAAUCUUUCAACACUAAGCAAGAUAAAUCAGCAUUAACAUCUUGGUCUAUGAAUAUAUCUGGAAUAAUUCUCUCGAAUGGCAUUUAUUUGAUAAUAUGGAUCGUGUUCUUGAGUGGUGCUGAAGACGUGCUAUUGCCAUUGAGAUUGCACAAGGUUUGUGUUAUCUACAUGAAGAGUGUCAGGGAUUUCCUAUCAUUCAUCUGGACGUGA